GGCAUCCCGUAUUUUAAGACAUUUCCAUUUUUCUGACCUGGAUAUCAGCCAACUUUGUGCCCCAAUACUGAUCUAAUUGCCGCACCCAGCACAUGGAGACAAAACAGCCCGAGCAGCCUCAGCCCGGGGAACCUUCAGCAUCACCACUUCCGGCUCCAGCACCAGCUCCCCCCAAUGGUGGAUUGGCGGCGUGGUCAGGCGUCUUUGCCUCGUUUCUUCUCUUUCUCACCACUUGGGGAUUUUCCACCGCUUUCGGUGCCUUCCAGAGCUACUAUCAAUCCGAUCUGCUGCGCGCGCACUCUCCCUCCAGCAUCGCCUGGGUGGGCACCGUCAAUGCCUUUUGCCUCAUCUCCACCGGCGUCAUCGCUGGUCCUCUUUUCGACCGGGGAUACCUUCACCAUCUGAUGAUCGCCGGCUGUUUCUUGACCACCUUUGGGCUCAUGAUGCUGAGUCUGUCCACUCAGUACUACCAAGUGUUUCUCUCCCAGGGACUCUGCUGUGGCCUGGGUAGUGGUUUGAUCUACGUCCCUGCCUUGUCGUUGGUCUCAACGCGCUUCACAACGCGACGCGGCGUUGCAGUCGGCAUGGUUACUUCAGGCGCGAGUCCACAUAUCGGGUUUCCCUGGACUGUACGGACCUUGGGAUUUAUUCAACUGGCCUGCUCAUGCAUCGCCGUCCCGCUGUUGAUGGUCACUAUCAAGACCCGACGCGGUCCUCCCCGGCAGCUCAUCCACUGGCACGCUAUGAAGGAAUGGAGCUUCAAUGCUUACGGGAUCGCCAACUUCCUCAUGUUUAUGGCCUACUUCAUUCCUCUGUUCUACGUUCCUGCCUUUGCCACUACCGCGCUCCACUCCUCCACCGACCUUAGUUUCUACAUGGUCUCCAUCCUCAACGCCGGCUCUGCAAUUGGCCGUAUCGGGUCUUCCCUGCUGACCUACCGACUCGGCGCCAGUCACAUCCUCCUGGCCAGCGUGAUUGCCUCGGCGGUGCUCCUUUUUGGCUGGAUUGGCAUCCACUCGGUCGCCUCGUUCGUCGUUUUCUGCGUACUCUUUGGCAUCUUCUCUGGCGUGCUCAUCUCUGCUAACCCACUGGUCAUCGCUCACCCGGUGGUCUCGCCCACUCCUUCGAUGAUUGGGACGCGCAUGGGUAUGCAGUGGUUUGCAACCAGUCUCGGUGUAUUAAUUGGAGCGCCGAUCGCGGGUGUUCUCGAGGGUCACGGGGGAGACAACGGUUUUCUGGCACUGCAAAUCUUCAGUGGAGCAGGGAUGACUGUGGGAGCAGCAUUUCUGUUGGUGCCCAUGAUGGCAGUUUGGCGUCACGAUCGUACGCAAAACAAAGCGUGA